AUGAAAAUAACCCUUUUAAAAUUAGAUUCCUUUUAUGAAGAAUGUGAUUUUGAGAAUGAACAGUGCAAUAUGUUCAAUAAUGGGAAGUCAUCCACUAACUGGAUAAGGAGAAAUGGAAUGAGUACUCUAGGAACUCCUAACUUCAACCAUAAUGGAAACAACACAGCCCAUUUCCUUACAUUGUCCUCUGAAGUGGUCCCAUUUCCUGCAGUUUUAAAAACCAGAGUGAUCUUUGCAGCCAGCAACCAGCUCACCUGCCAGAUUUCAUUUUACUAUUGGAUUGGUCAAGUAAACGGGAGCCUCACGGUGGGACUUCAUAGACACUCAGACAGAGCUUUAAAGAUUAUAUGGCAAGAAAGAGAAGGAGUUAAAAAUCAGUGGCAAAGAGCUGUGAUCACAAUCAAUAGCACUCUGAAUGCUGAGCUUUCCAUUCAAGGACAAAUAUUUGAACCUUGGACACCAGGAGAAACUAUUGCCAUUGAUGAUAUCGCAGUCACGGAAGGAUGUUUGCUAGCUUUCAUUCAACAGUUCUCUAAUUUUAAGAUUCAAGUAUGUGACUGGAAUUCUGAUGAAACCAAAGACCAUGUUUCCUGGGUCCCCGUAAAAGAAUUACUUGAUCAUGGCAGCAAAUCCAUUCUUCUGAGAGACGGAAGCAAUGACACCAAUGGCCGCUAUAAGUGGGUGCAAGUUAAAGACAAUGCGUCAUACAAAAGCAGACAUCUGAAUGACUCGUUGUGUCAUUGCUUUGGUGAGAGCUGCCAUUUUUUGUUUUAUUACUCCAUGAAGGAAAGCAGUGUUCUCAAAGCAGUACUUUACACAAAUAAGGAUGAACAAGUGAUGCUGUGGCAAGGCAGUUCUCCAACUAAUAAUGAGUGGGUGAAAGCAGAAAUACAGAUACCAGCAGGAUGUGAAAAAAUCAAGGUUUGUACCUCUGAAGAAUUUGCCUGCGUCAAUGGCCAAUGCAUCAACAUGAGUUUGGCCUGUGAUUACCAGUUGGAUUGCCUGGAUGGAAGUGAUGAAGAUCCGUCAGCUUGUGCAAAUUACACUGUAUGUGACUUUGAGUCUGACCUUUGUGAAUGGAAGACACUAAGCACAAAGGAUGCACAGUGGAGCGUAAUGAAAGCACAGAUUUCUGGUGAUUCGGGACUUCCUACAAGAGAUCACACAACUAAUAGCAGCAAGGGAACCUUUAUUCAUGUGGCUGGCUUACCAGAAGCAAACACUACGCCAGUCAUUUCUCGCCUCAGCAGUCCGGUCUUUACAAAACUGUCCAAUGAUGCUAAACAUUGUCAGAUGACAUUUUGGUAUCAGUUGUCCCAAGAUUCCCAGCUGAGUGUCUUCAUUAGAACUCCUGUGGAUGGGGAUUUGCAAAGCUUACAUAACCAACCUUUCAAGAGCACAAUGCAGUGGACAAAAGCAUCUGUUCUGAUAAAAAACACAAUGGGAGAGAUUGCAGGACCCUUUCAGAUCAUUCUACAAGCCAUUGUCCAAGCAGCAAGAGCUGUUGUUGCUGUGGAUGACAUCAGUAUAACAAAGGAAUGUAAGACUAGCUAUACAUUGUCUACAAGUACCUACACAGAAGGUAAGGCUGCUAAAUGUGACUUUGAAAGGAACAGCUGUGGUUGGCUGGAAAUGGCCAGUGCUGAUGGCUUUGAUUGGGUAAGGAGUUCCAGAAGUAGUCUAUCCCCUGCUUUCCAGAAACAAGCUCCGCCCCAUGAUCACACCUAUAACCAAUCUGAAGGUCACUUUAUGUUCAUUCUGAGAAACAGCAGUAGCAUCUCACAGAUUGCACAACUACGAAGCCCAAAAUUCAGUCAGGCUGGAUCAGCUUGCACAAUGACCUUCUGGUAUUACAGCUAUGGGCAGUCAGUUGGAGCAGCAGAAAUGCGCUUGCUUGUUGAUGGACUAAAAGAUCCUACAGUCCUCUGGAGGAUAUAUUACAAUCAAGGAGAUCAGUGGUCAAAGGCUUUAAUUCAGCUUGGCCGCCUCACACAGCCCUUUCAAUUAUCUCUAGAUAAAGUCAGCCUUGGAUUUUAUGAUGGUGUUUCAGCUAUUGAUGAUAUAACGUUUGAGAACUGCGCACUGCCACCUCCAACAUUAAAAUGUGAAGGCUCCAAUCAUUUCUGGUGCCGAGACUCAAAGGCUUGCAUCGACAGUUUGUUAUUGUGUGAUCUUGUUGAUGACUGUGGAGACGGAUCUGAUGAAGACAAGUGUGCACCUGAGCUGCAGUGCAAUUUUGAGCUGGGACUCUGCAACUGGGAGCAAGACAUGAAUGAUGACUUCAACUGGACCCGAAACCAAGGACCAACUUCCACUCCUAACACCGGGCCAAUGAAGGAUCACACCCUGGGCACAGUCAGAGGGCACUACCUUUACACUGAGUCUUCAGAGCCACAAAUGUUCCAAAACAGAGCAGUUUUGCUAAGCCCGAUUCUUAAUUCUACCUUCGCGAAUGGCAACCAAAGCUGCAUUUUUCGCUUCCAUUAUCAUAUGUUUGGAAAGCACAUUUACAGGCUGGCAGUUUCCCAGAGAACGGUGAGCAAUACAAGGGGACAUCUGCUGUGGCACACAUUCGGUAAUCAAGGCAACAGAUGGAUAAGGAAAGUGCUCUACAUUACGAGUUCAGAGCCAUUUCAGAUCUUGGUGGAGGGUACUGUUGGGGAUGGCUUCACCGGUGACAUUGGAAUUGAUGACCUCUCUUUUCAGGACUGUACCCUGUUCAAUGGAAAUUUGCCAUUUGAUGUGACAACUCCAUCAGGGACAUCCAUGCCUGUGACUUUUCCUAUGAACAACUGUACCAAAAAUGAAUUUGUUUGCAGAGCCAUGGGCCAAUGUAUCAAUAUCACCCAGAGGUGUGAUUUCCGACCUGAUUGUACUGACAAAUCUGAUGAGUCAUCUUGUGCUUCAGAGGCAUGUGACUUUGACGACGGAAACUUAUGUGAAUGGUAUCAACCUACUGGCAUGGUGGCAGCAAUGGCUUCAGCCUAUACUGUUAAUGUGUUCCACUGGGGCCUUGGGAAAGGAUCAAGCAUCCACCCAGGUGAAGAGAGCCAUAGGCCAUUGGCUGAUCAUACUACAGCUACUAAAGAAGGUUGGUACCUCUACGCGGACAGUUCUAAUGGAGAAUUUGGACAUACCGCUGACAUUACCACUCCAGUCAUUUCUGUAACGGGACCCAAGUGCAGGCUGGUGUUUUGGAAUUAUAUGAAUGGUGCAACGGUGGGCUCUUUGAAGGUGCUCAGUAAAGUGGGAAACAUGACCUCUGAACUCUGGGCUCAGAGUGGUCCCCAGGGUCCUCAAUGGAACAGAGCUGAGAUAUUUUUAGGCGUUCGCUCUUAUUUCCAGGUUCUUUUCAGGACAAAACGGGGCAUCAGUUAUGUGGGAGAUGUGGCAGUGGAUGAUAUUUCUUUUGAGGACUGCGCCCCUUUGCUGAUCCCGGUCGAAAACUGUGCUUCUGAAGAAUUUACCUGUGCCAACAAAUACUGCCUCCCGAAGGAUCAUCUUUGUGAUUUUGUGAAUGACUGUGCGGAUAACUCAGAUGAGAGUCAAAGUAUUUGCAGUAUUUCCAUUGGGCGCUGUGAUUUUGAGUUUGAUCUUUGUGACUGGGAACAAGAUCAAAAUGAUGACUUUGACUGGAAUCUCAGAAUUGGAGGUAUCCCAAGAGCAGGCACUGGGCCAAUUGCUGAUCAUACCUUGCAAGAACCAUCUGGUCAUUACAUCUUUAUAAAGAACUCCUUCCCUCAGUUGCCAGGGCAAGAAGCCAGAAUUUCCAGUGUUUUAAUAAGCAGAAAGAGCAAAAAUUGCAAGAUCAUAUUUUAUUACCACAUGUAUGGAGCUAAUAUUGGAUCACUAACUGUUUACCAAGUGACAAUAGCAAAUCCCAAAAAAGUUAUCUUCAGUCUGUCUGGCAAUCAGGGAAAUUUCUGGAAAAGAAAAGUGUUGGCAUUAGAAGCGGAUGAGGAUUUCCGGAUAACUUUUGAAGCACUUGUUGGGAAAGCUUACAGAAGAUAUAUAGCCCUCGAUGACAUUGUGUUUACAAGGGAAUGUUUACCAUCCUCGCAGUUGUUACUAAAUAAACCUACAGAAUUGCCCACAACAGGCUCUUGCUUUCAUGGUUAUUUGGAAUGUCUCAAUGGCAAGUGUUACAGAUCAGAACAAAGCUGCAAUUUUGAGGAUGACUGUGGGGAUAAUACUGAUGAGAAAGAAUGUGGGACCUCUUGCACUUUUGAAAAUGGCAUAUGUGGUUGGCAGAAUUCCCCAGCCGAUAACUUCAACUGGGUCAUGGGAACCAGCUCAUCUCAAAACUUCAGACUUCCCAAGGACCACACGCUUGGAAACGGGAAAGGGCAAUUCCUGUAUCUUGAAGCCACGUCAACAGGCAUCAGGGGUGAAAAGGCACACCUGAAGAGCUCCAGGUGGACAGAGUCUAGCACUACUUGCACACUGAGCUUCUGGUACUACAUCUCUUCAAAAGCAACAGGACAGAUCCAGGUUUUCAUUAAGACUGAGAGUAGCCUUCUAGAGGUGUGGAGUGAUUCUGGAGACUAUGGUGGCCAAUGGAAGAAAGCAGAAAUACACCUGGGGAAGAUGAGAAAUUUCGAAGUUAUAUUUGAAGGCAUUCGAACCAAAGACCUCGGAGGAGGAGCAGCGAUAGACGACAUUGAAUAUAAGAACUGCAGCACAAUCGGAGAGGAAUCUGGGGUGUGCCCUGCUGAUUCUGACUUCGUGUGUUGGAACAAGAAAUGUAUUGAGUUUCACCUUGUCUGUGACUACAAGGCUGACUGCAAAGAUUGGUCAGAUGAAGCUGAUUGCAGCCAAUAUACCAUUGUCCCAGGAAGCUGUAACUUUGAAACACAAAGCCAAGACUGGACGGAUGUGUGCAGGUUAACACAAGAUCCAGGAGAUGAAUUUGACUGGUACAUUGGCAACAGGGCUGCCAUAGAACAAGGAGGCCCAGCCAAGGAUCACACACCAGGUAAUGGGCAUAAUUUUCUAUAUGUCAAUUCAUCUAUUCAACAAGAAGGGGACAGAGCAAGAAUAGUUACCACCAAAUACUUCCCAGCCAGUCUGGGUAUAUGCAGACUCCGCUUUUGGUUCUGGCCAUGGAAUUCUCCUAAAAUUGGAACAUUAAAGGUGUAUACUGUGGAAGAAUUUGGAAUGGACAUUUUGAUGUGGGCAACAACCGGAAAUAAAAAAAGUACAUGGACAUAUGCCAAUGUGGUCCUUUCUAGCAACAGUCCUUUCAGAGUUGCAUUUGAAGCUGAAGUAGGAGCUAACGAACCCGUAGAAUUUGCCCUCGAUGAUAUUUCUUUCACACCGGAAUGUGCAUCAGGAGGACCAAUUGCACCACAACCUCCAACCUGUGGCAGUGACAGAUUCACUUGCAUGUACGUGAAGCAGUGUGUGCCUCUCUCUGCAAAAUGCAAUGGAGUGGAAGACUGCACUGAUGGGACUGAUGAAAUAGCCUGCCCUCCUGAGACACCCACCACAGAUUCUCCAAGGCUGUGCAAGGAAACGGAGUUCCACUGUGCUAACCAGUGUAUCCCAUCACUCUUGAGAUGUGAUGGGGUAUCUGACUGCAGGUUCAAUGAAGAUGAAGCUAAUUGUCCUAUUAAAGAUUGCUUCAACGGGUCUUUGCUGUGUCCAUCGACUAACAGCUGUAUUCCAGCUUCCCAGCGCUGUGAUGGCAUUGUAGAUUGCAUUGAUUUUGCUCCUGAUGAAUCUAGCUGUUCAGAAUGUCCUGAAGGAUAUUGCAAAAAUGGAGGAACAUGCAACAAGGAACCCUUCCCCAUCUGCCAAUGUGGAAAAGAGUGGAAGGGAAACCGCUGCCACGUGGAAGCUGAGCCUCCUUUGACUCCAUCUUCUGGUUCCCUACAAAAUGAUGCUUUGACUGGGCUGGGCAUUGGAUUAGCUUUCCUGUUGAUUGAAGCUGUGGUUGCCGUGUCAUGCAUCCUUUCAAAGAGGAAAUUGCCAAGAACGUAA